AUGUCCCUCCCACGUCUCGCUUUGGUUGCCCGUACCGCCACUCUGCGCACGGCGCAGAGGAACAGCUCGGGCAGCUUCUACGGCUCCAACAACUUUGAUGGGUUCAAGCAGUCGCUCGGCGAGCAGUUGAAGACUGCUGACGGCACCUGGCAGACAUGGCGUAAGAUCUUCUGGAUCGCCUCGGUCCCGUGCAUGCUGAUGACCAUGUAUGCCGCCCUGGUCGAUCACAACAAGCACCACGCCAAGGGCCGACCGGAGUACAAGGAAUACUCCUACUUGACCACCCGCAACAAGCCCUUCCCGUGGGGUGAUGGCAACCACACCCUGUUCCACAACCCCACCGAGCAGUGGGUGCCCGGCGUUGGAUUCGAGAAGGAGCGCGAGCACCACGGUGAUCACCAC